AUGGCAUCCUUUGGCACAGAGCUGCAGUUCCUCGUGCGAUAUUUGGUGUCACAAAGGGAUCUAUGGAUCUAUCGCAGGCUCAGUUCUCCUGGGGCAGUGGGCGCCUUUGUAGCUCAGGCUUGGCACACCUCCUGCAACCACCUGCACGCAGCUGCCUAUCGCUGGGAGCAGGAGCACAUGCGCAAGGUGGUUCUUACGGCCCCAGAGGAGACAGCCCUAAAGAAGCCGGCUGAGACCCUGAGAUUCCUCAUGCUAUGGCUGGAGCAGCCCAAGAAUAUCUCCACUUGCAUUAGACUCAGGCCCUACCCCAAGGAAGAAGUGACCGGUAUUUAA